GAAAAGAAAGAUGGCCAGGAGAAUAUCCUACGAAAAUGUUCGAUUGUUUUAAAGAAGUUCAAUGCGACAUUAAUGAAAUCCAUAAGGGCAAAAAAUCCGGAAUGUAUCAUUUCUAUUAUGGAGGUGAUCAAGCUGCUGUCGUAGGAACUUCCCUUAUAAAUGCCAAUGUUGCUCUUGAAGCUGAUAAACGUGUUUGGGAUAUGCCCGUUUGGCCUGAAGAAAUUAAUAAAGAUAAAGAAGGCAUAGCAUUGGGCUACAAACGAGCAAGAGAAAUGCUUCAACCAGAGCCAUACCCUGAAAAUUUUCCAGAACUUCCUAAACUUAAUACUUUAGAAGAACAAGCAAAAAAACUUGGUCCUGAAUAUGCAAACAAUUUUUAUCGUCCUCCAAUUACUGUAACUUUUGAAAAUCGUGUUAAUUCUGCUGGUGUUAGGCAAUUAAAAUCAAAGCUUACUGGAAAUGAUUGUACUGGUGUUAAUGACGGUAGUAAGAAUAGUACUUUGAUGAAUUAUGUUCCUGAUGCUUGGAAUCAUGGUUGUGAGAUAUUUUGUCAGAUUAAUGUUCAUAGGAUUAAGAAAGAUAAAGAAAGCAAAAAAUGGGUCAUAUUUUACGAGUGGUUAGAUGAAGAGCGUGAGAUAUAUAAUGAUGAACACCAUAAUUCUCUAUAUUUUGUAACUGCUGAUGUGGUUUUUCUUGCUGCUGGUACUAUUGGUUCGAAUGAAAUUUUGCUCAGAUCCAGAAAUUUUGGUCUUGAAGUUAGCCCAGAAGUGGGUCAAAGAUUUAGUGGAAAUGGUGAUGUAAGGAUCGCAAUGGGUGAUCAAAAUUCUUUAAGUUUCCCAAAUGGCCCAGUUGGUCCUUGUAUCACAGGAAUAAUUGAUAUGCGUCAAUCUGGUGAUUCUGUACAUGAUGGUUAUGUUAUCGAAGAAGGUGUAUGUCCCGCAGCUUUAGCCACAAUUCUAAAAACUCUGCUUAAAACUACUGAUGUUCGCGAUAAAGAUAAACCUACCAAUAUUACUUUUGGUGAAUCUUUUUCUAAAUUCUUAAGAGAAAUUUCUUCUCUUUCGAAUUAUCAAGGUGCGAUGGCAAAUACUCAAACUUAUUUAAUAAUGUCUCAUGAUGAUAAUACUGGAAGAAUACAAUUGGUGAAUAAUAAAGUUAAGAUUGAAUAUGAAGGUGUCGGUGAAACUGAAAUGGUUAAAAAAUUGAAUGAAAGAUUAUCACGUGCUACAACCAACGUUAAUGGGGAUUAUGUUGCUUCACCUAUUUGGAAAAGAGCAUUGGGAUGUAAAUUAGUUACUGUUCAUCCACUUGGUGGGUGUUGUAUGGGAAAAGAUGGUAAAUCGGGUGUCGUAAAUCACAAAGGACAA